AAGAUCGUCAGGACAUCCUAGGGGACGUUGUUUGUUCUGAGAGUUAUGCGACUAUAUUACUACUUCGAUUUCCUUUUAUUUUAAAAACAAUUUUGCAUUUUUCUUGUUGCUAUCGGUAUCGUGCGUCAGCGGCAGAACAAGCCUACUACGUGCUACUUGUCUAUAAAAAAACAAUAUCCACUUUGAGAAGUGCAGCUUCCCAACGCAACGGCGUCAUCAACGACAACGCAGAAGGAAGCGGAGUUCCCUUCCUAUGGUUCCCCUCCCCGUCGUAGCCGCGUCCAGCGAAGUCGACGUGGGCGAUUACUCGGCAAUGAUCUCCUAUCAUGGAGGUGUCUGGUUCGAAAUCGUCGAAGUUGAAAUAGUAAUAGUUUGUGGUCAUGCAUAAAAUGCAACGCAAAAAUUGCCUUGUCUAGUGCAGAAGACGCAGUGGAGGCAGAUCUUAGUGCUGGUAAGGGUUGAUAAUUAGGCUGCUGACUAGCAUGACAGAGGGGAGCCCGCCCUGUGCCCUAAACAGCGCGACAAAGUGGCUUCCGGCACGGAAAAGAAUGGUCAUGCGCCGACUAGAAACUGUGGGUCCGAUUGGUAUCGACUUCAUAAUUAUGCGUUACAGGUUAUUUCAACUUUGUCCAUUUCAAUCCUGACACUCCCAUAUCUACUCCAGUCGUGGAAGCGGAAGAGAAAUAGCGAGCGAGGAGGACAAGGAUCUUUGCGUUUGUGCACCCGAGAUGAAUCAAGCGUGCGUGAAGGAGGAGCGCCUCUACGUCAGGGAGGAGAACCAGGAGGCUCUUGCUCUUGGUCUUGAUGCGAUGAAAGACGCAGAAAUAAAUGACUCUUCUGAGAGCACACUUCUUAUCGAAGACACAGGAGAUCAUGCUCAUGGAAACACCGGAGACGUGGCGGAUGAGGUAGAAGAUGUUGUUGCAAAAGGAUUCACAAUAUCGGCCCUGACUGCGUUAAGCGGAGAUCCCCCGGUGGAGCCGGGCUACAUUGGGACCACGUCGGCCCAGGAGAAGAACACAAGCACGAAGAACUACAAAAAGGGCCGGCGCAAGAAGGCGAAGAUGCAUGUCCAUGUCGUGGGCACCUGCAGCAGCGACGGCGUUCGUGAUUAUAUCCUGUGCAGAAACUUUUACGAUGUCCCCAGCACCAGCCCAGGCUUGUUACGUCGAAAAUCAAGCAUGACGAUGAUGAUGAUGAUGAUGAUGAUGAUGAUGAUGAUGCGAAGGCCGGACGGCUCCGGCGGAGUCGGGACUUUUUUUGGCGAUGAGAUUUUGACCGUUUCACUUUCUUGAUGGUGGAGUUGUGCUAGAAGCAGUAGACAACUCUGUCAUGAUGAUUUUAUACAGUCCUGCAUCAAAAAGAAGAAACAAAAGAAAAAGGUCGUCCCUGCGCACAAGCGCUAGUAGCCACAGAAGAUGUUGUGGAUUGAUAGAUUAUCAACAAGAUGUAGUUGAUGCGUAAGUCACUGUAUCAUAAAAUAAAGAUCAAAAUGAAAGCGCGCGCGCCAGAACUACUAGAGGAGUAAGUUGUAAUUGUGGGCGGGGCGGAAGAGUAGAAGAUUUGCACAGGAGCCGGAUCAUACCCGGCACAGCCGAAGAGGCGGAAGAUUCAUCCACAUCCCAGCAAAGGAUGGAUUACAAGAAGAAGAAGCAGCCCAAGAAGAAAAACAAAAACGACCGAGCUGCAACUGAGGAUAAAGAAGAUGAUCACCGAAGACCAGCACCGCAAAAGUACAGCAGGACGUGCUGCGGCGCCAAGAAUGACGAUGUUGACACACAGAAGGUGAAAGACUGCUGCUGCCAAUUUCUGACUAUCUUCCUCAUCAUCUGUUGGGUGGUGGGGGUAGUGUGCCAAAUUGUGGGACUCGUUUUGCAGAUCAAGAACGAUGAGGAAAGCUCAACAACGAGUGCAAGAACUCCCAGCGGAGGAACCACGGUCCUUGCUCCUGGUGGCAGCAGCGGAACUACGAAUGCCGCAGCUCAUGCGCGACUGACUGUCCCCCUAACGCAAAUCGAUGCCGACAGGUACUAUGCCGACAGCACGCAUGGAGCCGAAAACCGGCACAGUGGCACUCUCGUCAGCCAGAUCGCGAAAAAUUUGCGGCAUGGGAAAGGUAUCGGCGGCGAGAGGUUCCGCGUCGAUGCGCUGAUUUUCCUGGUGGGGGAUGGGUUUCUCGACAAUAGUGGGUAUCUAGGACGAAGUGAUUAUUAUAGAAGCAGUGCUGCAAGUGCAAGUGCAUCAAGUAUACAAGUACGAGGGCCAUCGUCAUCGAUGAAACAAAGCACGACCACGGCGCUCGGAGAGACCUAUGGCCUGUUCAUGGAGUACCAGCUGCCUGAUAUUGCGUACUAUGCAGAUGCAAUACAAAUUUACCCAUUGAUGAUACAUCUGGUGCAAAAUCAUGCACCGUCACAUCAAAUUUCGUCAAUUUAUUUAAGUGCAGCACUUGUCAUGCUAAAGCUAAACCAGUAUGGAAGCUGAGUUUUGUCAUGCAGAGAUCGCAUUUGUACACGUAUGGGAAAUUUACUGUGGAUACGUACUGGAUCAACUUCUUCCUGCUGGACGACGAGGUUCCCACUAGAUCUGCACCCGGUCGAGGCGACACUGUAUGGAAGUAGUGCCAGGUUUAAAAUUCACAAAAGUGAAACAUGUUGUAAUGCACAAAAUUAUUCCAAGACCAAGCCGCGCCACCAGUCUCUUAGGCUGCCAAUUUUACUUUCUAAGCGACGCAUGGCAAAUUUUGGAAGCACCGAAAUCCAAUGAGCCAGGCUGUUUCGCGGGGAAAGAAGACGCCGUCUGUCGUACUACUUUUAGCAGCUCUAUCUCCAAGAGCCCCGAUCCCGAAGAGGCUUGCAAUCGCUCUCAUUCACGUGUCUUGCUAUGCAGGCAGUUCGUGUAUGAGCAAAAGCAUGGCAAUAUUUUAUGCAUUUUUUGCAACUUUCUUUGUCGAUUUCAGUUCUGACGCUUCCAUCGGCUGCGAAAGUGGGCACGAAGCAGGUCGUGAUGGCAGCGGAGGCCGGGAGUUCUUUACAAGACCGAAUUUAUUUUAUGGAAGGAGGCACAUCAGUUCACCAAAGUCGGAGCAGCUCAGCGGCGGGCUUUUUGUCUGCAGCUGCCAGGGCUGGUGAUACAUCUCAGGACGCAGCUUCCAGCUCUACCAGAAAGCUCACGUCGAAAGUGAAAAACGACGUUGCUGUGCGCCAAAAUAUACAAAGGGGCGACGCUAUCGUCUUGCACCUCGGUUGGAGCGAAUUGGUGUAUCCUGACAUCUUGAAAACGUUCAUCAGCAGGCAUUUCCCCGAACUGGACGAGGAACAGAGUCGUGCUGGAGCUGCUGACCAGCAGGACGCUUUGAAGCGCAAAAUCUUGCAAACGUCAUUGACCUGGCCGGAAAAGUUGGAAGAGCUUUAUAGAGAAUUGAUGCAAAGACACUUGCGGAAAUACCUGAAGUUUUUGACGGGUCAAGCCUGUAGCUGUACUAGCGAGGAGCCACAAGAAGAACUCGGCGAGCGGAAGACGAACGGCCAAGGUCGAGGAGCUCCGAGCGUAGCACAGAUCAUGGGUCAGCAGCUUGCGGAAGUAGAACAGAUACAGAAUCAUAGCCGAGAGCUCGUCCCCGCUGCAGGGGGCAAGAACGCAAGGAUCACGAUCCACCUACUCGCACUCGCGCUCGGACCACCCGAGGGACCCUUCUUCAAAUCGGUCCUACGCCGUGCUUUCUCCAAGGAUGCGAACAAAAACAAAAGCGUUGACAUUGACCUAGCAACAAUUUUGUCAGAGGACCACUGGGCGCGAAUGGUGACGCUUUUCCGAGCCAAAGCAGGGACAGAGCGCAGCGACUUUCUCCGGGGAUUGAAUUUAGUAGCGGCACCUCGUGGCCACGCUUCUGGUCUUGCAGCUGCUGGUAGAAGUGCUAGCGCGGAUCAUGACACAGAAGAUUCCAUGCUGGACGAAGGUUGUGUUGUUGUGAAAAUACGGGAAAUCAGUCGACGCAAAGUGCUAGGCAUAUAAAAUGCAAAUGUGUUUGGGCGGUCCGGAAAAGUGGAUGAACUUGUGAUGCUGCAUUUGGAUUCCAAAAAAAAUCUGUAUUGCAUGAGCAGCAAAGGGAAUGCUAUUUUUGCUACGCGGGGAGGGCGGAAUAGGCAUCAAGAAGCCCUCAAAAAAUCUGUGAUGCUAGGGCAUGCAUCACAGAGGACAUGAUGGCUCGUGCAAAACGUGCGUGACAAGUCUCAGAAUCUUGCUCCAGACCGAGACAUAUUUGCAAUUCAUAAGGCAAGCGGCGAAACAACCACGCAGCUCCACCCGGCGUCGGCAGCUCUUCUUCAAUGCAACUCCAUGCUCUCGAUCACGUGCAUUUGAACGAAGCAGGCUCACGGGUUUUGGGCGAGGCUUUAGCCAAGAGGUUAAUAAAGUAUAACGUGCUCAAAAAUUAAAUCUUAUUUAUUUUCAAAAACGGUAUGCUGCUUAUCGAUUUAACAUUAAAAUAGGUAUGUUAAUAUGCAUGCUAUAGCUAGUUAAUUAGCUAGUAGGAUCGACCCUUGUGGAUGUGUGUCGUAACGCGGGAGCGACUGCAUGACGAUGCUGGGAAGAAGGCCAUUUUUUGUCAUGAAAUUGCAUGUGCUGUUGCUAAGUCUGUAUGCGAUGCUACUUCUCCUGUAGGUCCUGCAGCUGGUCGGUUAUGAAUUGAUUUGAUACACCAAAAAAACAAUGUCACGAAGUCGGUCUAUGGAGAGGAAAGAUUAUUUCGGGUUGAUGCAUUUGCGAGGAACUGGCUGGUUGCAUUUAUGAUUGGACUGUGAUGGUUUCAAAUACAAAAAAGCGUCAGAGUCCCCGACGUGAUUUAAGACCCCUCGCGAGCAGUUGUAUUGCGUUACUUUCUCAGCAUCGUACUCAUUGCAGCGAUUGGAGCGAGGUGGUGGCUUUGCGCGAGACAAUGGGAACACAACCGAAAGAAAUCGAGAAGGCCUCUGUGCGCGAGUUCACUGCAGUGCUCAGCAAUACUUUCGAAGUGCACGCCGUUUUUGAAAGUGCAAGCGAUUUAUUUAUUCGCCCGGUAACCCGUGCACCGACGGUUGACAACCUGGACGAUGAAUAUUUCAUGUCGGUGCAACUCAAGUCCACCGAGUGCUGGGAUGAUGCUUUUGACCGUCGGCUGCGUUUCAUUUUAAAUAAUGAACAAGAGCGGCUACAUGGAAGCAUCCUGAUCGGAGUCGAUGUAUUGGACACGACAAAACUAUUUAUCGAAGCAGUUCAUAGGGUCAAGGACUACGAGAAGUUCAACAUCAAUUCCGGCAUCGUUUCCAGCGACCAGGCACCGCAAAAGUUGAAGCAGUUGUGGAAGGGGCCCUUCGUUACCCAUCACACGGGCACUAGUGCCAUCCUGUGCGCAUACAGUCAGCAGACACUGAUGGAAAAGUCCGCCCGUGAUUUGUUCCUCGAUGAAAUUCGAGGCUCGAACCUCAUCUAUGCUCCGCCGCCGAAGGAAUUUGGUGUAGCUGAUGGCGUCUUGUAUGAUCGGACGAAUCCCGACCUUCGGCACCUGGUGCAAGAGAAGCUGAUGUACCCGCGGACCGGACGUGGCGAACAGUUGAGCCUCCGCUGCUCGCUGAAGCGGUAUAGUUACGUUGCUACCAUUCGUGACGAUAGUUUUGCCAACCUGAUGCUCGCUGCAUGCGAAAAAGCCAAAUUGCCAAUCUGCAAACACGACAGGUCGGGCGGCAAAACCUAUAAGCACGACGACGCCGAGUUUUUGCUUCUCCACUGCCGCGACAUUCCGAAGCCCAAACAGUGCAAAUCGUUGCACGGAUGCGCCUUGGUGCCGUUUGAAGUUCUGCGGCAGACUGGACACGUGGCAGACGACAAUCAGUAACGACAUGAGAGAAGCAUAUUUGUUUUUGAUGUGAUGCAAUUAGGACAUUACAACUAGCAUCUUCAUGAAGUAAAUUUAUAGAAACGAAAGCGCACACUUUAGGUCCGGAAAAAAAACCCUGGAUCUGUUUCCGAAUGCACCUGGUGUAAAGCGACCACGGUUGAGCGGAACCUUGGAAAAAUACUACAUCAAAGCAGGAACGGAAAUGAACAUUGCCAACGAGAUGCUGAAGCUUCUGAACCAGAACAGCUCGGACUCUCAAGCUUCGUCUUCAUCUUCGACCCAGACAGAACAGUAAAUAGAAGAAAAACAAUAGACGAAGACGACGGACGCAGUUUUUGAAUUGGAACAUCGCUGGGACGCACUCCGCCACAGCCGCAAUGCAGUUUUGUAGUUUUGAUAUAAAGAAGUAAAAAUGUACAAGAGGGGCAUUGUUGUGUUGGGAGUUCCAGUGUUGUGUUUUAAAAUUAUUUUUUUCGCUUCGAAGAACCUCGUGUACAAAAUGUAUCAUCGUAAAACUGCAUUACAAAUAUAGUCCUCAUCUAAUCAGAUAUAAAACAUAUUUUGAAGUAGUGGUCUUUUCUACGUUGUCGUGAUGCAAUGCUGCGGAAGUUAUAUGAAGCGGAAACGAGAGAACAGCUGCCUCCUGGCCUGCAUGCAUUAGCCACAUACUGCACGUACCACACAAGAUACAAAUAUGAUGCAUAACAACAGAGUCAGCUUCUCUCGUUUCCGCUUGAUAUAAUUUCGCAGUAGUAGGUGAAAUUGUUGCUCAGGUAUAUACUCGCUCGCUCUAAAAUAAUUCAAAUGCAACAAGUAAUAAUUUUUGUCUGUGAUACUCUUUCGCGGUGCUGUAAAAGUGCCAAUAAGACAUCACAAAUAGUUUUUGAAUUGCCGUAGCAAGAGUUUUAGCUUGCGGGACUUUCUCAGUCUCGAUGCGAAGAAUACGACUAAGGUUUAUCUUUCUAAAAAUAAAGAAUCCAUCAGCUGUAGCCUUCUAUUUUUUUGAACUUUAAAAUUGAUGUAUGUUAGUUUCACCGUUUCUGCUGUUUCGCAUUACUAGACGAGGCGGCAGAGGAGUUGUUGUUGGUGGUCUGAUUGAGGAGAUUCUGGGGACGCUUAUUACCUUUGCUGUCAGCUGUCGGCUUCUCAUCCUCAUCAGCAUCCAUCAUAUCCUCCUGGAGAAAAAAACCAUCUUCCAACGACUCCCCUUCGUCCAGCAUCAUCAGGCUCUGUGCGUUCACCUGCAGCAUUUCGACCUGUCUUUCUUCUUGUGGUUCAGCUGCUUUCUUCUUGUUCAUGAUGCCAGACUCUUUUGCGAGGUCAAAUACUGCUUCUGGCACUGGGAUCGGACUAUUACGCAGGUGACCGGCCCCCUCGUCCACGCGCAUGAUGUAGAACUCCUCGGGCUCUAAGGAAAACUCGGCGAUUACUGCUGGUAAUAACUCGCGCAGGACAUUGUGCUGGACGGACCCGGUAGCUUUAGUAGAAGGAGCGAAUUUGACAUACUCCGGAACGCGAUCAUUCGCCCACCGGAUUCGCAGACGAUCACUCGCAUCACCCUGGUCCAUCCGGUGACUGGCGAACGUAGCUAAAUCCCUCCAAGGGUCCGUGACGAUGGAGACGACUUUAUGCCGGUACUUUGCCGGCAGCCGCUUCAGCCCCGGCCGCAUGGGACUACUGACGGACUUCGGCACGGGGAUCAGUUCUUGUUUUUUCAAAACCCGUGCGACCUUCUUCUUCGGUUGUGGUUGCAGAAGCCCGGCUCCGGUCAUGGGGGUAUCCUCGUACGACGACGUCACCGAGAUGAUGCAGUCGCAAAACUCCUGGUCCAUUGCGACGUGGCGUAUCAAUAUGAAAAAACGUCAUAUCUGCGUAGCUACUAGCAGUUUGCUUUGCUGUUUCUUGACAGCACGAAAUUUGUCACGCAGAAGCUACAGCCACGAAAUGCAAAACAAAAAACCAAAACGUCCCUAGAGCUGCAGAUAUGAAAACUAGAUUUCCAUACUGGCAAGGAGCACUUCAAACAGCGUGGCUUUGUUUUCGAUGGAGAGCAAGCCGAGGUGCUCGUCUGUAAUCGCUGGAAAAGUGUCUUGGACUUUGGACAGCACAGCAGCCUGCAUUUCGUCCGAAAUCGACGGCAAGAGCUGUGGGAGAUAAUCAAUCGGAUCGGCCCAGCAGUUGGACGGAGUGUGGAUGUAGGUGGGUUCGUUUUUGCUGGUGGAGCGGCGGUUGACGACACCUUCGUAGAGGACCAGCUCGCUGGCUAAAAACCCACACUUCUUGAUUUCGGAAUCGCGGAUCGGCAGCCGGAAAAGUUUCUUUCCACACCGCGACAGCUCGAGUCCCAUCAGCAGUCCUUCCAUCCAGUUGGAGAACCUGUAGUGGGUUGUUUCCUCUUCCUUCUCGCCCCGCUUGUGGCCGAUCACCACGAGAUUCUUCGACUCCUGGAACUUGGCGCCGUAGUUACGAUCUUCACCAAACCUGUAGCUCAUGGUCUUGUGCGCUUUGUACUCCAUCUUCGAGUGGAACUUGUUGCGCAUGAUGACCUCCGCCUCGACACCACGAAGCCCGAGUUUGUUCGGCUGGUACGCGACAAAUUCUUUGUCGGUGCACUUCUCCAACAUCUUCCGCACGACCUUCGGGAAAUUCUUCUCGUUGUUCCAGUUGGUGUGCGCCAUCAGCUUCAUGUCCUUGUAGCAGGCAGAGAUGCUUUCGUGGCGCUUCGUACCGCCAGUACGCUCCAGGCUGUUGUCGUGGAAAAGGCACUGCAAGUCGGCAGCGGUCGGAGGCGGUUUCUUCCGCUUCACCAGAAGCUUCAAAAUCUCCGACACUUCCCGGGGAUUCAGGAUGUACAGUUUGGUGGGUGUGAACACACGCAUCGGGCCGUAUAAGCGGGGCUGUUCGGAAACAUGGCGAUGCUUGUCUACCUGUUUGCUGAUGAGAUUGAUGAUUAUCGGCGCGUUGGCGUUUCGCUUGACGCUGGUUUUGUUCGCGGAAUUGGUUUUCUUGGAUGUAUUCGGUAAUUGACAUGCUCCGGACAACACGAAUACACCACUUCGCCAGCAGCGCCUUCACAUCCGCCUGCGGCAACGCGGAGAUCGCCAUGAUGUUGGUUUUGCCGCUAACGGACAGCUCGUACAGGACGUAUUCUCCCACAUCGUGUGCCUGCUCCGGGGUGACAUUGACGACGUUGUUGGCGUAGGAUUCCCACAGCCCGAAUUGUGGAUCCAUCGUAUGGAAAUGCCACGCGUUUAUCGUGCCCGCAAUGCAGUGCCACGCUGCAGCUUCGUGGUCGGCGGUUUUAUGGUACGCCCUGCAGAAGUCCCCCGUCAAGGCUCUCCACGUCCCGUCCCGGUUUGCAGACCGCUGUUUCUGGAUCUUCGCAGUACUCAACCGCUCUCCCAUCUGCACCUGGGGACUGAUGUACCGCUGGUACGUAGUCAGGAGGGGGGCGGAGUCGACAUUCGGCCGCGACUUACCGUGCUUUUCCAGGUGAAACAGCAGCUGAAAGAAACUGAACAUCCCCUGCGCCACGUCCUGCUGGAUCUUCAACCACUUCCACUCCAGAUCGACCAGAACUCGCAGCAUUUCGGGAUGAUAACCGAGCCACUUCUUCUGCAGUUUUGACCGCUUUUCUGCGAUUUCCACGGACUGCAGCGGCACCUCCUGACUCUCCUCCAAAAUCCGCGUAAUUUCUUCCUUCGUGUAGUCUUGGGCUAUGCCAAUGAAAUGUAACGAAACAGCACUAAUCUGUCAUGCGCAAGAAGCUUAAAUGUAUAUAGCGAGCAAAGCAAAGCAACCACGUGGCCCUCCUAUGUGAUGAUGCUGCUUCGUUACAUUUCAAAUGCAUAUUGCGACCGGUUAUUUUUUGUUUCUGCGCCAUCGCGUGGAGGACAAACAGCAGCUGCCAGUACGAAAUCAUCAUCAUCGACGUCCAGUACCAGUCGCCGAAGAAGCGGUUCUGGGAAGCAUGGAAGAUGUUGAAACCUGAAAUAUUGCAGCUUGUAAUGCGGAAUAGAGAAAAUUGAUGCAUUAUGAGGAGGGGGUCUGAGGGGGGGCCGAGACCCCCCCCCUAAACGGGACCACUUUUUUCAGUAAGCAAAAGCUAGCCUGCAUGGUGUGACGCACUUUGAGGGGGUACCUAGACCCCCCCCCGAAACGGGUACUUUUUACCUAGGAAAACACAAGAAUUUUCCCAAUAGUUGAGCAGUAUUGUUCUACUCAGCAUUACAAACACGUAAUACGCUUCUCCAGAGCCUGCGAAACGCUGACUGCUCCGGCCUCCUUCAGCAGCUGGCUCUUGUACUUCCUUUUGUUCGCGGUGUCCGGAUCAUCCUUGGUUUCCUGUUUCAGCUCCGUCUUCGCGAAGAAGUAAUCAGACUGAUUUUGCCCGCGAUGGCACGGGCCCUGGAUCCAAUCGUCGAAAAGCUCCCUCGGGUCGACCAGCUGCCACACGCAGCCUUUGCAGAUGUUGCUCAGCUGAUGCAACUCGCCCGGACUGAAGACGCCCGGCAAGAACAGCUGCUGGAUUUGCGACCACCUGGCUUCGGGCGAACCCUGGUCGCUUUUAGUGUGGAAUUCCAUCGCGGUCCGGUGGUUUUUCAUGUCGCCCUGGAGCCACGUAGUAUCCAUGUCGGACCAGUCGGCUUCCAUGUCGACAAACCGCUCUAUCACCGCUUGUUCUCCGAACUGGGUCACGAGUAUGAAUGCAAAACACAAUACAGCUGCAGCAAAGUCAUGAUGAGGAGGUAGUUUGGCAUUACAGUUAUGCUUUUUGUCGGAAUAUGAAGACGGUCUUUCCGUAGCUGUAUUGUGUUUUACAUUCACAUAACCCACAUCGUCAUGCACAGGCAGCCGAUGUACUUCGUCUUGGUUCCGACGACGUUUGAUUUCAACUGCGAAAUGCCGCCAACUUGGAAGGCAUUCCCUUGGAGUAUCGUAUCUUGGAAGGGCUCGGUUCCCGGUGGGAGACCUUGCAGCGGAUCACCGGGGUCUACGUCGUCAUAGUAGGUAAACUGAUAGUAUGUUUUAUUUGGUGACUCCAUGAUGCGUAGUCUCAUGCAGUAUAAUGUUCUCCACGAUGCUAUGAUGAUGCAAAAAAAAACACUAGUAGUUCCAUGCAGUAUAACAUUAUCCACGACCUGAAACAGCGUAUAAAUACAUGCGAUCCCCAUGCUCCAUUCUUCCUCAAGGUAGAUCCAUCGCCGAUCAGACAAGCAUGUCCAUCGUACGCGCCGAACCUCAAGUCCCCGUACAAUCCGGCCAAAAGCUCGCAUUCCUUGUCAGCGGUUGCCUGGCAGGCAAAGGCGCGGCUCAUUAUCACCUGCUCCAUAUACUUCCGCAUCGCCGCAGCCUAGAAUGUGAUUGCUUAUCAUGCCGUGGUGGAUAAUCUUCUCCGCGAUGGUAUGAAUAACGUCGAAAUUGCAUAAGGUGGCACCAUGCAGCGGAACAUUAUGCGCGACCUGCUUGUGAUGCAUUAAAUCUACAUCUACUACUCCGUCGUGGAGAACAUUAUCCACGACGGCAUGAUUUGCAAUCAUUUCUACCUGUUCUCUUAGCUUCGACACAUCUGCACCCAUUCUCCCGAGCUGCUCCACUCCUUUCUUGCGGAUUGCUUCGGCCGUCGCGUGCAAGUUGUUUGGAUCCAACGCAAAGAACUCGUCGCGGUAGUUGCAGUUGCCAAACUUGUCCAGGACGCGAAUGUGCCCGCAGAAGAUGCGCCACCACAAGUAGCAGAACACCUGAUAGAAGAAGGUAAAGGAGAUUAUCACAUUUCUCAUCAUGCUGAUGCGCAUUCAUGCAUGCUCUUCGCUCAAAUGAAAACUCAUAUUUCUGUACGAUAUCCCACUGGUCUCCUUCCUUCCUAGGUUUGUAGAUGAUGUUGCAGUGCUUGCUCAACCACUCCGGAACGGUUACAUCCAGCCAGUGGGCGUACGCGGCAGGAGUGGGUGCCAUGGAUUUCAAUUUCCAUCGCGGGUUCCCAUCAAACUCGGAACGGAUGGGAAUGCCCCACCUCGUUUGCCGCGACUUCCGCUCCUUCUUGAAAACGUCCACUGCGACUUCAUCCUCGGAGGACGACGGAUCUUCCUCAUCUUCGCUGGUAUUGAGAUCUUGGACAACAAGCGGUGGUGGUACGUAGCCGGCUUGUGGUCUUCCCAGUGCUGGCGGCAGCUCGAGAGAUCCACUCAGAGCUGGCAUCGCGUUGAAGCCAAUUUCCUGGCCAUUAAAGCGCGGUUUGUUCGCCCGCAUCGGAAGCCCCUGCGGGACAGGAGCCUCCGCCAUCUCGUCCCCAAGUUUCAACAUCUCAUCUCGGUGUAAGCGACUCAGCAGUUCUGUGUUUUCUUUUGAAGAAGACAUCAGCUGUGGGUCCUGGCGGAGUAGCAGUUGUAAAAAGCAGCAUCAACUACUGCUGGACUCGACGAAGCAGUAGCUUCUCUCGGUGGCGAUCUUUUUUCACGAAACCGACGAUCGAUACUCACAACAGCCGACGCUUUAUCCCAUCCAGAACAAACAGAUACCAGCUUGCUCGCAGGCAGCAAUCGUUCACUGUCGACCACGUGUUUUUUUUCAACAUCACAUUCAGAAGCAGAUAAGCACAAUACAUCUUCAGUCCGACGCGAGGCUUGUUCAGAUUGGCCAUCUACAACUGGAGAAAUAGUAGCUCACUCGCCUCACAAUUCGACAUGAUUUUGGCGCAAGCCACCAACGAAACGCAGGGAAUCGCGGCAGCUCACUAACAGGUACGCUCGGUGGUUGUUACAAGUAGUCUCGUGUAUUGUAAUAUACUAUAAUAUAUCUUUAUUUUUCUGUGCAAAUCUGACAAAGAACGCCGGCAGUUCUAUACCAGUAACUACCGACGUUUAAAUAUGGAAUUAUUUUUAAUUCAAUUCAAAUAAAUUUAUAUUUUUUGGUGAAGCUUCAUCAUUAAGUGGCCCACCAUUUCUAGAUGUAAAAUAACACGAAGUAUAAAGGGAAAGAGGUUGCGUGUAAUCACGUAUCGGUCUUUGCGGUGGCGGCAUACAAAACAACCUCACACAAGCAACGCAUACAAAUAGAUACGCGCCUCUGCUUUUCGACACUGCAAAGACGCGUUCCGCGAUGGCACGAGAUCUACAUGUGGUAACUUGGUGGAGCCACUGAAAAUAAACACUUUCUGAAUCACAAACGCGGAGAUAAGCACUCACUUCUUUUUCAUCACAGUCUUCUUGCCGGAGUUGCUCUUCUUCGCCAGCUCCUUCUCCUUCUUGAGCUUGUCAGCGGCUUUUUGCUUUUUCUCUUUCUCCUUGUCAGCGGCUUUCUUGACCUUCUCCGCCGCCUUCGCGGCCUUGGCCAAAUCGUCGUCGAUCUUCUUGUUCUCCUUGGCGAUCGCGGCAGCGGCCUUGCGGUCAGCGGAGGCGACCUCGUUCGCGUUCUGGGUCUCGUCCGAGUCAGAGUUCUUCAUCAGGGUAGACAGCAGGUGGGCGAACUUGUCCUUCGGGGUCAUCCGCGGCGAAGACAGCGGCUUCUGCACCACGUACGAGAGGCGGAUCUUCGGGUCCUGGGGGUCGGCGAAGUCCAAGGUCUUGGGCGCGGGCUUCGGGGACUUCGCCCUGGCCGCCGGGGACUUCUUGGUCUGCUCCGGGAUCUUCGGGGGCGCCAUCUUGGUCACGAAGUCCUUGGUGGAGCAGGCACCGUUGUUGUUCUCAUUCGCCAUGCCCGGGGGGGCGAAAAACAUCUGUGUGUUGUGUGAAAUAAACGUUAGGGUUGGAAUCUAGAAAUAAGUAUUGACAACAAAACCCACCAGCCUACAUCAACAGCGCAUCAUCACUCGUCGCUCUAUCAUUUUGUCCUACGAAUAUCAUGAUCAAGCCAUGAUUAUAACUUACAGAUCCGUUCGGCCCGGGGGUCAUCUGCGUGAGGCCUCCUCCAGCAGCACCAGAACCCGGCAUCCCCUGCAUCCCCGACAUGGGCAUCUGCAUUCCGAACGGGGUCAUGCCGAAGGGGGUCAUUCCGAACGGGCUCAUCAUCGGGGUGCCACCCAUCAUGCCACCACCCAUCAUGCCGCCACCCAUCAUGUUGCCCAUGGCGAAACUGGACGGAGUCUUCGAGCCCUGGUGUUCGGCCAGACCGACGUUCUUGGCGACAUCGGUGGCGAUGCAUUUGGUCGGCUCGGGGCAGUUCUGAGCCAGCACCUGGAACUCCAGCUUGCUCGCGGCCUUGGACAAGUUCUUGCAGGUCUGACGCAGGUUGCGGAACUUGCACGACUUGUCUUUCGCGAUCGGCUGGUUUGUAUUUUGAUUGUGGAAUAAGAUACAUUUGUCAUGCAAUGUGUAUUUGAGUGUUUGUUGUGUAGGUUGGUACUAUAUCACGACAAAAACAAUUGUUGCAUGACGAAAUAGCAUCCACUAUCAAGUCUAUGCAGCCAAGUAGCUAUACCAAUUCCGGCGGGAUCUUCAACUUGACCAACAAGAACACCCACUGGCGGUUGUCGUACACGUACUUGCAGAUCCACAUGACGUUCUUGUGGCACAAGGUGGCGAGCAAGGUCUGGGCCAUCUCGAUGGGGACUUGAUUGCAACCUGUUUCAGUUUUCAAGUUGUGGCUCACAUUGCAUGAGAAAGCAAUACUCAUUCUGUGAUGCCAUGUCGUGCUUUGUUUUUCUUGCGGUUCAAAUACAACAGCGUGCACAUCGCACAAGCCGUGUUCAACAUGGGAAGUAGUGCGUCACAUGAUCGCCUGCAGAUAGAACUCCACUAGUUGUUGAUGCUUUUACAUGAAAACGUCGGAACCGCUAGAAGUCAUGCACACAACACGACAUGGCAUGGCAGUUAAUCUAGAAAAAGCAACACAUUGCUGAAGCAUGGUUUUCAUAAGUAUAAAAAUCUGUGCGCUCAAUCGUGCCGGGAAAGGCCUGCUUCGACAAUUCGUACAUGGGCGUGAAGUUCUCCUCAUCGGCAUCAAGCUCUUCGUCCAACUCGUCGAAAGCCUCGCGGAACAACUUAAUGUCCUGACGAGAGGGCUCUCCCAAUUUAUGACGGACAAAGUCCAUCGCAGACAUCUCCUGUUUCUUCUUCGCCAUCUUGUUGGAUUUGUGGAGCUGAUGCUCGAGGUAAAAAAGCGUUUGUGUUAGACAGAAAUUUUUCCCUACGGUUUUUGAUUGAUUCACAAGUUUACUCGCGUUCAAGACGACAACCAAGAACUCGGAAAUACGAAACCCACAAAUGAUGAAGUAGUGGUGCAGCAACGUGAUAGAAUUGAAAGCGUUCAAGUUAUUGUGAUGAUCCCACUGAUAUCUUUUUCAAUGUACAGAACACACAAGACCUAUCGCACUUGCCGCUUCUCCAACUCACACAUUUUAUACGUUCGCUUUUGUUGUUGUAUUGCUACGCAGAUCUCUUAUUUCGUUUGUGUUUGAAUGACCUUCGAGUACGCACAAAUAUUCCCAUCAAACAAUACAGGUGUUAGGGUUUCAAGCACAGACAUUUCGGCACUGCUGACCUCUCACAACCACCUGCUCCACCACCCGCUCGGACAUCCACAGCUGCUACCGGAUUCGGAGGGUUUAGCGUUAUGACACACAUCCACAAGGGUCGACCCUACUAGCUAAUUAACCGAUCUAGAUAAUGAUUAAACUACAGUAGUACAGUAGCUAUUUUGAGAAGCAGCAUACCAUUUUUGAAAAUAAUUAUGAUUUAAUUUUUGAGCACGUUAUAUAAAGUGAAAGUAAACUACGAAACAAGCACGUACUCAGGCCGAGUUUUCGAUGGGGCUGAGCUUGCCGUACAAUGUUUUUGUUUAGUACCGAUACUACUUUUGUAAUCGCAUGCCUUUAAUAUCUCAAGAGCAGGAGUAGAUCUUCUUAGGAGCCACUGGCCGCAUAUAUUUAUUGAUCGCGUAAUUCUUCGCAGAAUAGAAUUUUGCACGAAGAUUCAAUAUCCAUGGUUUGUAGUUGCGCUUGCCUCCUCCUACUCCAG